CCAAUAACUAGUAUCGACUACUUGAUCUUCUUCACCACGAAAUUCCCAAAAUCGACCAUCGCACAAACCCUAAUCCUGACACUAAAAACCACCAGAGCAGCCAAAACCUAGACCGACACAAAAAAUGGUGUGCAUUCGCAAAGCCACCAUAGAUGACCUUUUGGCCAUGCAGACCUGCAAUCUCUUUUGCCUCCCGGAGAACUACCAGAUGAAGUACUACCUCUACCACAUCCUCUCCUGGCCACAGCUCCUCUAUGUGGCCGAGGACUACAACGGUCGCAUCGUCGGCUACGUGCUUGCCAAGAUGGAGGAGGAGAGCAACGAGUGCCACGGCCACAUCACUUCCCUAGCGGUGCUCCGCACCCACCGCAAGCUCGGCCUGGCCACGAAACUCAUGAACGCGGCGCAGAACGCUAUGGAGCAAGUUUUUGGGGCCGAGUACGUGUCGCUUCACGUGAGGAAGAGCAACAGGGCCGCCUUCAAUCUGUAUACGGAGACCCUGGGUUAUAAGAUUCAUGAUGUGGAGGCCAAGUACUAUGCUGAUGGGGAGGAUGCCUAUGAUAUGAGGAAGCAGUUGAGAGAGAAGCAGGUUCAUCAUCAUCAUCAUCAUCAUGACCAUGGGCAUAGUCACGGACAUGCUCAUCAUCAUGAGCAUGGUGGUGGAUGUUGCUCCUCGGUGGAUGCCAAGGUGAGUGGAAAGAAGGAGGCGAAGGCAACGUGAUAGUGAGAAUGAGAGUGAGUGGAAAGAGGCGUUACGAUUAAGGAUUUGAUGAAUCGGACAUCCGAGGAAGUAUGUGUUGUUGGAUUGUCAUUUUUUUUUUUCUUUUCUGUUUCUUUUUGUCUUGUCGGUUUUAAUUGUUGGGCUGGUUUUAUGAGGAAUAAUGCAUGACAGUAGUAAAUUUACUAUGGUGAACAUGGAUAUACAAUGUUAUGUGUACUUUUAUGGUGUA